AUGCAAUUUCUUGAAGACCAGAGAAUCGAGAAACUAAGAGAGAAAUUUUUAACCUACAGCGCCGAAUUUGGAAAAUGCUUGGUUGAUGGAAUCGUGCAAGUUUCGGUGAACCCCUGCAAAGAUGCUGAGUUUAAGUUCAAUAUGAUGCUUCUUUCGAUCGUCAAUUUUAUCAUCGUUUCAUAUUUUCGGAGCAGUGGAAGCCUUCUUGUAUCCAUCACACUGUAUCUCCUCCUAUUCUUCAAUUUGGCCCUCAAAUCGCGAUGGCUAGACCCUAGUGGAAAGGUCAUCUUCAUCACAAAUGUCGAUUCUGGCUACGGACAAGAACUGGCAAAAUACCUGAUCAAUCGAGGAGCAAAAGUGAUCGCCGGAGCGAGCGAUCCGAUGGCUUCAUCUUUACUUCAACUCAGAGAAGAUGGCGUUUAUUUGAUCAAAUUCGACAUUUCCAGCGACGAGAAAUUGAACGAAAGCAUGAUGAGACUGCGGCUGAGAUUGUCGACUUGGAGCAAAGACUUGCAUGGGGUGGUGGUGAACUCGGGGGUCGAUGCAUUUGGCGAUUUUGAAUGGAGCGGGGUCAAGUAUUUGAAGAAAAUUACCGAAAUCAACGUCUGGCAAAUUGCGGAGCUUGUGAAAGAUCUUCUAGAGCUCGUUCGCCCCCAGAAAUCGCCCUGUCGAAUCGCAUUCCACUCCAAUCACCUUGUAGACCUCCCUGAACCGGGAAAUCUGCCCCUAACGCUGUCAAAAAGCGCGUUACGCUGCCUCGUCACAGCUCUUCAAAGCGAGAACAGGAAUUCAAACGUCUUCUUCAGCUCUAUCUACCCUGGUGUUUUCUGUUAUAAUAAUCCGUGCAUUCUUUCGUUGGAGAAUCGAGAUGCGCUGCAGAAGAAUAUCAUGAAUCAAAUGAGUCCGCAGACGAAGAAGAUCUUAAAAUCGAUUUACUUGGAGAAAAGGAUUCAGUACUGCACAAGUCGAUUUGAAGGGUUCAAUUCGCUGGAGCCGGUGCUGGAUUAUUACUUUGACGCUCUGUUUAGUUUGGAGCCCGAAUUGGAGUACUUUCCUGUCGACUUCCAAACCCGUGCGCAUAUUUGGCUUCGCAAAAUCUGCCCCUCUCUCUCGAACAAAAUCCUGAACCGCAACGCACUGAAACUACUCAACUACAAAAAGAAGAAGCUGCAAUAA